UUGGCGUACUCCGAGUCGCAGCAGAUCAAUGCGGGGACGAAGGCGCCCAUUGGGUGCUGCAUUAUCCCAAGCGAUCCUGCUUCAGUGAAUCCUCGUUGUGUUUGUGACACUUUGAUGGGAGAGGUCGAUCUGAAGGGGUUGUCCAGGCACGGACCCCGCCGCAUCUGGUAGGGCCCAGUGCGCGAUGGCGGAGUGGCUGUGUUUCGCAACGGAAGCCAUGUUGGUGGGGACAUUGCAUCGAGCCUGGUGGUAAUGGCGCUGUGGACCAGCGGGAAUGCGGUGCUAGGAAAAACCAUUUGUCUUCACUUGAGAUCGCUAAUUGGCGAAGACUGAAAGGUGGGGGUUCGCGCCUGGAAAAAUUUGGCAAUUCCGGCGCUUAGUUAUACAACAGGUGCUGGCUUUCGGUGACGAGAGAGUUAGUUACAAGAUCUUUGGAUGGAGAUGCUGGUUUCGAAAGGUUCCGUGAUUUGGGAGUUUCCUUCGUGUCGCAUGGGGUCGUCGUAGAGGCGGGUCUAAUGAAAAGCAGAAAUAAUUUGAUCUGAAGAUUUAAAGGUGCAAGACACUAUGUGCCUUAGCUAGUUCGGAGCAACUUCACGGGUUGCGAAGGGGGUAAAGUCUAAAAACGAGAAGCAGACAGGGGACUUGAUUCCACUAGCCUGAGAUGCAAUACUUUAUUUCGCUAACGACCAGUUGCCGAUCUAUCUGAGUUAUUCCCUGAUGGCUUGAAAGUUUAAGGUCGAUUCUCCUCCAGUGUUUCACACAAGUAUGGGUAAUUUGGGUUUUCCCUCUCAGUUCAUCUGAAUGGUCGGCUGUCCUAGGACAUUGGAAUGCACAUUCACUCUCGAACGAUGUUGUUACUCCCUGCUAUUUUAAGCUCAAUGGCUGCAUGAAUUCUUGGGCUUUUUCCUUCUCGAACUUUCUGAAUAGCCUUGUGCAAUCAGCCAGAAUCUGACUGACAGCUAAAUUCUCGGAAGGCAAAAGAACCGUGACAAGUUUACAUAUAUAGCCCAGAUUGGCUCCCGCGUCGGAAAGGCGCAGAGACUAAUUUGGGAAAGUAAUAAACGAGAAAACAAACUGCUUGCAAAGGCAAAAGAGAGGUGCUGACUUAGAGCAAUGCAGAUUUGGAACGCAGGGUGAUUCGCAGCAUCGCAACCUCAGGAGCUCUGAUGCUGUACCAGGCUCCACUUGCACGCACUUUUUUCGGGACUCAUUGGAGGCCUUUUGGUCCUCGUGUGAGGUGCCGCACGGUGUCGUUUUAUUCUCCCAUUGAACCAAGCUGAUCUGACUGCGAUGGUUCACAUUCUCGUCUGACACAGUACGAAGGGGGAUGUUGCGGCUCAUUUCUGUGGAGCCGUUUCUCCGGGCUUUUAGAAAGUUCGUUGUGCAGUGUUAGGGUGUUGGCGCCCAAGACUGCGUGGAUUUGUGCUGCGAUUAUGCCUUUGUUUGGUUUCGAUUAAUUCUGAAGAGUGAAAGAGUGGACUCUGGUCUGGAGUGGGAGAAUUUACAACGCGAGGAGAGUUUUGUCCCUGCUGACGUUUCAUGAGGAUGGAGUUCCUGCCGGUUGGUGGGACGAAAGUGCUUCACAUCUUUUUGUCAUUGGAGUUCAGGUGUGUGUCUGAAGGAGAGUGCAUAGUUUUGGGGUUGUGACGGUGAUGCCCUUGGUGUGAGGAUGGGUGGUGAAGAUGGACUCUUGGAAUGUUAGCCGCAGGUGGGGAGGGUAGGCUGCUUGAUUCAAGUGAGAAGUAUAGGGAAAUUCUGAAGGUGGAGUAUGAUGGCGCGUGGGCUGGACAUUAACUAUGAAGAUCCAGAUGCUUCGACGGUGGUGCAAGUGGUUGUGGGAGAGGCCCACACACUUGCUCUCACAGCCAGCGGCAGUGUAUACACAUGGGGCCGAGGACAGUUCGGCCGCAUGGGCAUGGGAGUUUUUCAAGAUGAGCUCGUACCAACGCUCAUUGAGUUCGAAGCAAUGGCGAUGGAGCACGAAGAUAGCCCCUCAAGCUCAGCACACCCAACCGACUGGGAUUCUGUCAAAAGAUCAAGAAUUAGUCAACUCGCUGCUGGAGCGUAUCACAGUCUUGCUCUAGCAGGUGAUGGGUCGGUGUGGUCAUGGGGUUUCAAUGCCUCUGGGUCGUCAAAGAGCCGCAUCGUAUCCGGCACUUAUCACCUUCCCCCGCUCCAGCAGCUUCUCAUUCGACGAAAGCCAAGCGAAUUCUACUUCUUGGAACGAAGACUGUCGCGAUUCGGAUGGCUCAAAUCCCAAGGAGGUUAUGACAUUCUGCAGGUUAUGGUAGUGGAAGCUGGUGGCAUGAUGUCAAGCGCAGUCGACGAUGAAGGUGGAUUAUGGCUCUGGGGUGCAGUACCCGAACCAUCUGCAGGAGUGCGAAUCACAGAUUCCGAUCAGUAUUACAAGUCGGAGUCCUUCGAGCUCGCCAACAUCAAUCAACCAGAGCGUGUCCUUGCGCUAAGAGGCCUUAAAGUACGUCGAGUAGCUUGUGGGAAUGAACAUAUAUUAGUGCUGGUGGAUGGACCUGAUGGAAUAGCAUGCUACUCUUGGGGAAGCAAUGCAUACGGCCAACUUGGCCUCUCAGACUUCGAGGCGCGCGACGUUCCCACGCAGGUGACAGCCUUGGCAGCCCACCAGGUUGGCGUUAUAGUGGACUUUUCUUGCGGAGCUUUUCACAGUGCCAUAGUUACCAUGAAAGAGGAUGACUCUUCUGAUCAUGGAGGGGAUUCAGAGAGCUCCUCCAUGGCGGGGAGGAUGCACGUCGAGCAAGGCAUGGCUUCUCCAAGGCUACGGGCACGAGUGCCAUCGGAUCAAUACUUGGAAUCGCUUGCAUCGCCGAAGGGAAGAGCUCGGCAAACUGAUCGACAACAACUUGGGUAUCCUUACAACGCUGCAUCCAAUAAUGGCUUCCGAAACCAUAGUUCCUAUGGUUCGCACAGUGAUAGCAAUUUUCGAGGUCACUUGCCAACCUCCUCCAUGGCAAGCUGGAUUGGGAACGGAGCAAUGAGGACACAGGCUUCCAAAAGAGACGGCCUUGGGGACGGCGAUGUGAGGCUAUCGACGUGCUGGACAUUUGGACAAAAUGAGAAUGGCCAGUUAGGCAUUGGCACAUGUGAGAAUUCUCAUACUCCUGUCGCGGUGGAUGCAUUGCCAACUCACGAGAGGAUACAAACCGUUGUGUGUGGCUUGUUUCAUACCGCAGUCGUGACAGAUUCCGGCGACGUUUGGGUGUGGGGAAUGGAAGGAGGUCUGGGGCAAUGCCCCGGGAUAGGACCUCCAGGCUCUAAAAGCGGUGAUGCCCUGACACCAGUGCGAGUUUUCGGUGAGUCCUCAGCAAAGUGUAACCGAAUAACGGGUUCGAAAGGAAUUGCUUGUGGAGCUGCGCACACUGUGACGGUUUCCAAUGGUGGGAGGGAUCUCUGGGCUUGGGGGCGUGGUAAGAACGGCGUUCUUGGACUCGGGCAUCACUCUGAUAGCUGGUUUCCGAGUCCCGUGUUGUGGCCGCCGGGAUGUGAAUCGUCCAGGGAUUCAGAUGCAGAUGGUCCCUACGAUGCGUAUCGGAAGUCGUCGAGUCGAGCGUCGAGUAAAGGCGGCUCUCGCGGCAAAGGGGAUGAGAUUAGGCCAUAUGUUAGGGAAGUGGACGACAACAAGCCUCCUCGAAGCAGCUCGUAUUCUCGAUUGCCAGCAGAAGCCGAGCAGUACGUUCGGGAAGUACGCGAGGUGGAGAGCAGACCUCCUAGAGAUGGUCUUGCAAUUAUCAGAAAAGCAAUGGAAUCCCCGGGUCGGCCGAUUCGAAGGGGGGAUCAAUCUCCAGUACAAAUUUCUCGAAGAGGAGACCUUUCACCAGGCCAAGGGUCAAAGAGAGGAGACUUGGUGUUGGAAUUCCCGGGACGGUUGUCAAGAGGUAUGCAAUCUCCGAGUCGACCAUCAAGAAGAGGCGACCACUUCUGGCCUCCAAUGCAGCCCGAGCCAGAGAAUCCUAAGAGCUUCAGAAGAGAAACAGAACCUUCGUCGACAAGCAUUAGCGGUUUCAAAUAUCAAGUCGGAGGUACACCAUUGCAGUCAGAAGAUGUUUCAUCCUUGAAGGCAGAGCUGAUCGAGUGUCGUCGUUACACCGAGAGUCUCCAUGCGGCGAUUUACGGAGGAAUAGAAUCGUUUCCUAUUCCUCUGACAGGAAAUAGCUCAAGUCCUCAUGAUUCCAGAUUCAAUCCAAGAAAAGCAAUUGGAUUGGGAUCGCAGAACUCGGCUCUACAAGACUGGCAGGAUCAUGUUGAAGAGGCACCACUUGAAGAGCUGGCUAAGCUGGAGCAAUUCUACAAAGGUAUGCGAAAUCGGUUGAAAGAUGUUUUGUUUCAAAGGAAGAUGGAGGACUGGUGUCGCCGUGUCAUGUCCGGCCUAUCUGCGGGUUCCUAUCAAGAUCCUCCUCCAGUUCGGGAGUCUUACUCGGCUCAAAGCACACCAUACUUCGAGGAACCUGGAAUGUUGGCUCAACAGAGGACAGGCGUAAUGAGUGACAGACGGGAGAUGCUUUCUCCGGCCGCAUUGGCUGCUUCUCUUGCAGAAUUCCGAAAGCACUCUCAGCACCGCAGAUAAUUCGUGCUCUUUCUACUUCUUCAGAGAAACGGCAAGCAUCGGUGAGUUCUGACAGUUCUCGACGCGCUACAAGUGUAAUCGAGCUUCGCAAUGAGAAGAUACCAUCAUGUGGUGAUGACAGGUCAGAACAUUACCCUCCGUCACUUGACAGCCAACAGUUUGUACCUGUGUCUCAAUAUUGGAUAGGGUGAAGUUGGCUGUUUGCAUGUGUAAUUAGUAUCGACCACUAUUUCGACGACCUUCCCUGCGAACGCUAGCCUUGUGGAUCGAGUGGCAGAUCCUCUGAAGUGCUUUGAAUGCAUAGAGGAUAAAUGUAGAUCUAAGCUUUUUGGAAAAAGAGUGGGCAGGGACCCUUUCCUGGGCAUCUCAAUGCCGACAUUUCAAGUGCUGCAUGAGUACCUCUCGAUUAGUGGGUUUCAAGACACCGGAGUUGAACAUCUCAUAGCUGAAGGCUAUUGCUGAUCUAUGGAAUACGUUUAGUGGUCUAUGUUAGUGAUGGCUUUCAGCAGUAAGAAGUGCACUUCUGAGAGUCUAUUGUGGCUUUUCUCCUUCUAUUAACAUGGGAAGAAGAACUACGAAACCCUUACCUGAUCAGGUAGGAAGAUGUAAACCACUCGGUGACAGUGCAUGUGGGUUCUUUUGCAAGUAUCAGCAUGGGAGGAUGCAAGAUACGUGAGUUUGAAGCUUAACUUCUGCAGUUUUUGGCAAAAUGUAACAAUUUAAAUUAUGAGUUGGAUUUUUACAAUUGUCAGAAAUACCAGGAAAAACACAUUUAAAACUGUAUCUUGCUGCCUUCAUUGUCUAUGUUAUUAACGUGGCAGACAGGAAUUGAAAUGCAUUUUUAGCAGCUCACUUUUGAAGUUUCAAAACUAAUAACUUAACGAACUAUUUAUUUAAAGAGUGUCGGUGAUUAAAUGAUUGUCGAAUUUAGUUCAAAGAGAAAGUCACUGACAUCACGCACCACCUCGUAUGAAGGGUAUGGCGCUGUUUCUGACCGUGUGGAGGGUGUUGAGGUAGAGAGUCUAGCGGGUGUUGAACUUGCGGGGGAGCUCUCGUUUUCUUCAACGUCUGCAGAGAGCCGCACCGAGCAGGGGUACCAUGUUAUGCCAUGCAGUAGCAGGAGCUGAAAGCUGUCCAAAUUAACCAUCGUAUUUUGAGUUUGCAGGCCACUAAGCGUUGGAAGUUCCAAAUCAAAUCCUACUCAUCAUCUCUGACGAAUUCUUUGCCAACAAUGCGGUGUUGCGAGCAAGUUGGGUUGUCCGCCUCACAUAGUUAAUGCGAACUUCAGUUUGCCAUAAACUGCUUCCGACCCUUGUGCCCCCGAGAUUAGAAGACCGUGUCGCUGUGAAACUAGAACCGAGUGAUAACCUUCAACGGUCGAAACCACUCUGAAAGACCUUGUCUUGCUGGAAGUGGAGAUACGCAUCCGAAACACCCACACAAGCAGCACACUUGAAACCCAUCGUAUGCGCCUCCGAAUCCAGGCAUCACCACCCAGCAUCAGCUCUUAUUCACAACCUCAAGGGAUUUGCUGAUGUGGGAUCAGUUUUGUUUAUGACCGAGUGAUGUAGUUGGUGAAGAAGGAAUGAUUUGUCUACUGUCACAUGAAAACGCAGGUGGAGGAUUCCAUUGAGUCAAGUACUCCUGAUAUCCUGGUUAUGUACUGACUGUAGGCUUGAUACUACGCAAAUGAACAGUUUCCUGUGUUCCUUCCUUAUCAA